GGCCGGGCAGUGCCGGGGCGGGGCGGUGGCUGAGUCCUCGGCGGUCCGCGGCGGCGGCAGUGGCGAAGGCGACAUGGAGAGCGGGGCCUACGGCGCGGCCAAGGCGGGCGGCUCCUUCGACCUGCGGCGCUUCCUGACGCAGCCGCAGGUGGUGACGCGGGUCGUGUGUCUGGUCUUUGCCUUGAUCGUGUUCUCGUGCAUUUUCGGCGAGGGCUACAGCAAUACCCACCAUUCCAGACAGAAAUACUGCAUUUUCAACCACAACGAGGAUGCGUGUGGCUAUGGCAUCGCCAUCGGGGUGCUGGCCUUCCUGGCCUCAGCCUUUUUCCUCGUGGUUGACGUCUAUUUCCCCCAGAUCAGCAACGUCACUGACCGCAAAUACCUGGUUAUCAGCGACCUGCUCUUCUCAGCUCUCUGGACCUUCCUGUGGUUCGUUGGUUUCUGCUUCCUUACCAACCAGUGGGCAGCCACCAAGGAGGAAGAUGUGUUCGUGGGGGCCGACUCGGCCCGGGCAGCCAUCACCUUCAGCUUCUUCUCCAUCUUCUCCUGGGGUGUGCUGGCCUCCUUGGCCUACCAGCACUACAAGGCCGGAGUGGACGACUUCAUCCAGAACUAUGUAGACCCCACUCCAGACCCCAGCACAGCCUACGCUUCCUACCCUGGUGCAUCUGUGGACAACUACCAACAACCGCCCUUCACCCAGAACGCUGAGACCACUGAGGGCUACCAGCCGCCCCCCGUGUACUGAGCCUCAGAGGGGGAUGGUAAGGGAGGCGGAGAGGGUGCUGGGGGGGGCCUCCCCCCUAUCCUGGACUCCUCCCAUGAGCCUCGCCUCCUGGAGCUGUGGCCCCUCCUCCUGUCCUGUGCCCUUCGGAGCCUCGGCGCAGCCUGGAGGGCCACUGCUCCCCCCACCCCAGCUGCUGCUGCUGGGCCCCAGCCCAAAGUGCCUCUGCCCCAAGGGCUUCACCCACCACUCCU